AGAGUUGAUUGAUUGCACCAUGGUUGCGCCGUGAGACAAAUUUAGGGAAUUAAAAUUGCUGAUUUAAAACUCGGGCGUAAAGCUACAACUUUGUUAUGUGCAGCGAAACACGUAGGAUCUUUUUGAGUUAGAUUAAACGAGCUGCGCAGGGAAAAUGGUGAAAAUUGAAGAUGUGAUGAGUCCGAUGACCUUUAACCUCAUGAUGAGCAUGGGAGCUGGUGUCCUGCUUGGCUGGUUGCUGAAGGGGAAAUACGGACGACAAGUCGUGUUACGGAAUGAACAAGCAGCUGAAACAGCCGCAGCAAAUGAGAAUGUGAGCACCAUGGGUGAGACGGGUGAAUACAAGUUGGUUCUAGUCGUCAGGACAGACUUGAAGAUGGGCAAAGGAAAGGUUGCUGCCCAGUGCAGCCAUGCCGCUGUAUCCUGUUAUAAACAGGCGGCGAAACGCAAGCCAGACAUGCUGAAGGAAUGGGAACACUAUGGACAGCCCAAAGUAGUGCUCAAGGCACCAGACGAAGAAGCAUUGGUUGAACUUGCUUUAAAGGCUCGCAGUUUAGGUUUAACAACGGCAAUUAUACAGGACGCUGGCAGGACGCAAAUUGCCCCAGGAUCACGGACAGUACUAGGAGUGGGCCCAGGACCAGCGUCAUUAGUGGAUGAAGUAACUGGAGAACUGAAGCUGUAUUGACGUUGGUUGUAUAAUUGUGUAAUAUCUAUGAAAAUACAAAAACGUCCCACUCGAGUGAUUUUUUUCCCAACUUUCACUCGAGAGGUACGUAACACACUGAGUAUAGUGUUUAUACGUCCGUGAAGGGCAAAACCUGAUAUUGAUUCACAUCACCCCAACGCAAAUUCCAUCUUAUGAAUAAAAAAAGUCUUCCUGCUAAAAUUGUUAGUGAGGAUCACUGCUGCAAUGAAAAGUGCAGCAGAACUUUGGAACUUCAGCGGUUCAGCCUGCCAACUUCAAGAACAGUGUAGCAGUGGACUUUCUACGGUGAAAUUCGGUCACAUGACUUAAACUUCAGACAUGUCACAUGACUUUAAAAGUCACAUGAUUUAAACCUUAAUUUAAAAUUGAAUUAUGUUAAAAAAACAUUCUGUUUAAAGAUAAUGUACACCAUUUGCAAAAAAAUGUGUUUUUAGGGCUGAUUCAUUGUAAUUUGAUUUAAAUGUAAUUUUUUACAUUACAUUUCUGUUUCUCCUUGUGCCUUCAAAAUUCAAAAACGAAUUUGUGAAAAUCAAAUUUUCUAAACAAAAAUGGCCAAAUAAAAGAAAAAUACAAAACAUUUAUUUCAGUUUGUCACGGUUGUUUUAUUUCAUAACCUCUGGUAGAAAAGUAUCGAAUUGUUCUUUGAAAAGCUAGCCAACAUUUUCACUCAAAAUUUUCCACUUAGAAAUAAGUGAACGAUAG